AUGGGGAGAAUUAUAGCAAGAUUUCUGACUGUUCUGCUACCCCUGACUCAAUUGACUGCGGCUCUGACCGUCCAGCCAGAAGCAGCAGCCAGGGUCUCAGUUGAGAUUUUGACAUCUACCUACACCCACACAGUGACCAGCACAAUUACCGGUAUUUCAACUCUAACCACAACCACUACCACCUGUGCUACCCAGUCAUAUGCGGACCCAUUCUGUACCUUGGAUGGUGCUUGGUCUCUCGCGGGCAACUGGUUCCAACAAUGGUGUUCGGGCGUAUCUCUGGAGGGAGGGACGACUGUCACCUCGGCAUAUUACGCAUCGCUAUAUGAAUGCGAGGUGAUAUGCUAUCAAUCAAGUACUGAGUGUAAUGGCGUCAAUUACAAUACGGCAAUCCGUGCUUGCUACCUCCUAACUGGCUCACUUACUGCUACUUCUGCUGCCUCUUACAGGGCGGCGAUGCGCUUCACCACCAAUCCUUGCAUGCUUACCGAGACUUCUAUAUCGACGGGCCUUUCGACGCAAACAUCCACCAUCGUGUCUGUGGUGACAUACACGUCAACAAUUACUAUACCGGAUACAUCAUCUACUCAGACUGGCUCUGUGUCAGUUGUGCCAACUUCCACAUCUCCAGUCGCAGUAUCCAGUGCUAUCCCCGCAAUUUCCAGUACUCGGGUCACCUCCUUGGGAACCACUACUCCCUCGUCGACGUCCACAUCAAUACCAGUGAUACAGUCCUCGUCGGCUUCUGUAUCUGCAUCUAUCGUUGACACUUCAUCAUUCACGACCUCGGAAAAGCCAUCCAUGCCGAACCAGCCAUCCGCUGCCGCAAGUUCCUCCAUCGCUAUGCAGCUCAGCAACUCACAUUCGCCUUCAUACAGCGAUGCUCUUACAUUUGCUCCGAGUUCAAGAUUUGCGAAGUCUACUGCUCCGCGUCCUACAAUCACAUCAAGUUCGGCUUCAUCUCUACAUCCAAGCUCUUCGGUACCGAUGCAAUCAUCAAGCCAAUACACGGCAUCCUCCGCCUCUGUCCACGCAUCGUCGAGCCUGGAGUUAACCAAACUUCCUCAGGCAUCUACAUCGGUACCAAUUAUGCUUUCAUUUGCGAACGAAAGUACCGUUCUACCGAGCCAUUCAACGUCUCCGCAGCCCGCCACCUAUAUCAACAGCGGUAGUUCUUCCGAGUCUGCUUCCUCACCUGGAGGACUCUCUACCACUUCCACAAUCCUUACCACCCAAGUCCGCACUGUGACUUCCUGUCCAGGUUCAGUGACCGACUGUCCUAUCACGGAUAAAACUACAUUCCUUACUACUGACCAUCACGAUGAUGUGUAUACUGAGGUUUCGACGGUGUAUGUUACGAACAUCAUGACAAUCAGUGCUUGUGUAGGUGAUGGAUAUUGA